AUGAGAGCACAGAUGAAUGAGACGGAAGUUUUUCUGCCGCACCCCGCAGUUGCACAGGGCAGGGACGAUCACCUCAUCGAUGGAGGAGUCACUCUCACUCUCACUCUUACUCUCACUCUUACUCUCACUCUUACUCUCCAAGAGUCAUGGAAGACUCGCGGUGCUCGCGUGGGAUCCAGCACUGGGAAGGGUAAGAGGGUCUGGAACUCGAUGCCACCCGUAUCUACGUACCUUUACCCUCCGUCACUUUCUCCUACUUCUCCCCGGUCUGUUACUUUCCUGGACUUGAGCACUGAGGUAGCACAUCUCGGCCGGUGCUGCAAAAUUUCCAAACUUCUCCUCCCUUCAUACCUCAAAAGUCCAAUUCCCUUCAAAAGAGACGUACCAUACGCUUUGAGCCAACGAGAUUGUUUGCACCCGGCGAUUCUAGCGAGCCCUUUGGCGGCCAUACUUCCACCUAAAACUUCCACCUACACAACCGCCAAUAUGCACAUCAAGGCUAUGCUCGACGAGUCCCGGAGGACGGGCGAGCCCUCCUUCUCCUUCGAGUAUUUCCCUCCUAAGACGGCUCAGGGUGUCCAGAACCUCUACGAUCGUAUGGAGCGCAUGUACCACUUCGGUCCCAAGUUCAUCGAUAUUACAUGGGGUGCUGGCGGCCGCAUCGCCGAGCUCACCUGCGAGAUGGUCCUCCAGGCACAGUCCAUCUACGGUCUCGAGACCUGCAUGCACUUGACUUGUACCGACAUGGGCCUGGAAAAGGUCAACGACGCUUUGCGCAAGGCCUACAAGGCUGGUUGCACCAACAUCCUAGCCCUACGUGGCGACCCCCCAAGAGAGCAGGAGAAGUGGGAGGCCACCGACGACGGCUUCCGCUACGCAAAGGACUUGGUCAAGCACAUUCGUGCCACCUACCACGACCACUUCGACAUUGGUGUCGCUGGCUACCCCGAGGGCUGCGACGACAACAAGGACGAGGAGCAGCUGCUGGACCACUUGAAGGAGAAGGUCGAUAUGGGCGCCACCUUCAUUGUCACACAGAUGUUCUACGACGGUGACAACUUUGUUCGCUGGGUCGGCAAGGUUCGCGAACGUGGCAUUACCGUCCCCAUCAUUCCCGGUAUUAUGCCAAUUGCCACCUACUCCAGCUUCUUGCGCCGCGCAAAGCACAUGAACUGCAAGGUGCCUGAGGAGUGGAUGGCUGCUCUGGAGCCUAUCAAGAACGACGACGUUGCUGUUAGAGAGGUCGGUAAGGGUCUGGUCGCCGAGAUGUGCCGGAAGAUCGUUGCUGCUGGCAUUCACCACCUGCACUUCUACACCAUGAACCUGGCCCAGGCCACCAGAAUGGUUCUCGAGGAAUUGGAAUGGAUGCCCACGAGCGACCGCCCUGUGAAGCAUGCCCUUCCCUGGAAGCAGUCCCUGGCCCACGGACGCAGAGAGGAGGAUGUACGCCCCAUCUUCUGGAAGGGCCGUAACAAGUCUUACGUUCUUCGUACCCAGGACUGGGACGAGUUCCCCAACGGACGCUGGGGUGAUUCUCGGUCUCCCGCUUUCGGUGAGCUGGAUGCCUACGGCAUUGGCUUGACCGGUACGAACGAGCAGAACAGAAAGAAGUGGGGCGAGCCCAAGUCAGUGAAGGACAUUGCCAACAUCUUCGUCCGAUACCUUGAGACGGAGCUGGACUCAUUGCCUUGGAGUGAGGCACCUCUCACUAGCGAAGCCGAUCCCAUUCGCGAAGAGCUCAUUGGACUGAACAAGCGUGGCCUCCUGACCAUCAACUCGCAACCUGCUGUCGACGGCGUGAAGUCGACCCAUCCAGUACACGGUUGGGGACCGGCAAACGGCUACGUUUACCAGAAGGCUUACCUCGAACUCCUCGUUCACCCCGAUGUGUACCAUGAGAUCGUUGCCCGCGUCGAGAAGAACCCUGACAUGACUUACUACGCCACCACAAAGAAUGGCAACUUGAAGUACAACGCUUCAAAUGACAGCCCCAACGCUGUUACAUGGGGUGUCUUCCCGGGCAAGGAGAUUGUCCAGCCCACAAUUGUCGAGGGUAUCAGCUUCAUGGCCUGGAAGGACGAGGCCUUCCGCUUGGGCAUCGACUGGGCACACUGCUUCGAGGCUGGGUCUCCCAGUAGAACCCUUGUUGAGCGUAUCAUGAACGAAUGGUACCUCAUCAACAUUGUGAACAAUGACUUCCACCAGAAGACAGCUCUCUUCGACUUGCUCGAGGGCCUUGAGGUCAAGGAAUACAGCGACAUUUCGGCUGAGCCUCAGACAAACGGCGCCGUCAAGGAACAACAAACCAACGGCAGCGCUCCUACCGCCGCAGGCAAAAGGGGGUCAACUUUGUUUUUUCAACAAAAAACUUUUUCAAGUGGCAUGUUUCUAUCCAUGGCAUUCAAGCGUCAAGGAGAAGAGGAAACGGACAGGAAGGGAAAGCAACGGAGCAAAUGCAUAUAUCUCAACGAUACCCCCAUACAAACGGACCACAAGUUUCUUUUCCCCAACGAGAAGAAAAUGGUCCGGGAGAACUACACAAACAACCAGAGAGCAAGGAGUUUCAACACGGUCUAUCUUCAGAGCCAAAUCAACUUGGGCUCGACUGUUUCCUCAAACUACACUUCUGGCGUCUUCCCAACCUGGUGA